AUGGUUUUGUCUCUCUUUAGUGGCGAGGGCGUGUUCCCAGGGCGCCUCCCCCAGUCCGCGGGGACGGGGGCGCGCGAAGCUCGAGCACUCCGCGGCCUGUUCCCGCGACGCUUUGAUUGUCGCCGAGCCUGUGGGGCUCGCGCUUGUUCGGUCGCGAUUCGGUCUGACGAGUUGAACGCGGCGGCGGGCGGGUACACCGGCUCGCCGUGGCCGCCGCUGGAGCUCGACCCGGUCGGAUGGGGAAGGAAACUAUACCCCACUGGAGCCCCCAGGUCAUCAGGGGGCCUAAUGUUCGGGCUUCAUCAGGAGGGGGUCCACGCUCAGCCUCGAGGGCCAGUCACCUCGCUGAAGGAAGAACCUCUCACCAGGGCUUGGAUGACACCGACUUCACUAGUAGACAAUACAAAUACGGUGGGUGUUGGCCGCGCACACUUCGAGAAACAACCGCCAAGCAACCUGCGCAAGAGCAACUUCUUUCACUUCGUAGUUGCUUUAUACGAUCGAGCUGGACAACCCGUGGAAAUAGAACGAACAGCUUUUAUAGGGUUCAUCGAAAAGGAUCAGGAAGCGGAAGGCCAAAAGACAAACAACGGUAUCCAGUACAGAUUACAGUUACUUUACGCUAAUGGUAUUCGACAGGAGCAGGACAUUUUCGUUCGAUUGAUAGAUUCCGUCACGAAGCAGCCCAUCGUAUAUGAAGGUCAAGACAAAAAUCCUGAAAUGUGCAGAGUCCUUCUCACGCAUGAAGUUAUGUGCAGUCGGUGCUGUGAUAAGAAAAGUUGCGGCAAUAGAAACGAAACGCCAUCAGACCCUGUUAUCAUAGAUCGAUUUUUCUUAAAGUUCUUCUUAAAAUGCAACCAGAAUUGUUUGAAAAAUGCCGGCAACCCGCGAGAUAUGAGACGAUUUCAGGUGGUAAUCUCGACGCAAGUGAUGGUAGAUGGUCCUCUGCUAGCAAUAUCGGACAACAUGUUUGUUCACAACAACAGCAAGCACGGUAGACGUGCAAAGAGAUUAGACCCAUCUGAAGGUAUUGACGCCGCGCCCGACUCUAAUUCGGGGCUAUACCCACCGUUGCCCGUAGCAACGCCAUGCAUCAAAGCAAUAUCUCCCAGCGAAGGCUGGACGUCAGGGGGCUCUACCGUAAUAAUAGUGGGGGACAACUUUUUCGAUGGACUUCAAGUUGUAUUUGGAACUAUGUUGGUAUGGAGCGAGUUGAUAACAUCACAUGCGAUAAGAGUUCAAACUCCACCACGGCACAUACCUGGCGUAGUUGAAGUAACACUUUCAUACAAGAGCAAGCAAUUCUGCAAAGGAGCGCCUGGAAGAUUCGUAUAUGUUUCAGCUCUCAACGAGCCUACAAUAGAUUACGGCUUUCAGAGACUACAGAAACUUAUACCACGGCAUCCUGGUGAUCCAGAAAAACUACCAAAGGAGAUAAUUCUAAAGCGAGCAGCAGACCUUGCGGAGGCCUUGUAUUCAAUGCCUCGUAAUAACCAACUUGGUCUAUCCGCUCCUCGCUCGCCCUCCAGUAUGCCCUUCAACUCAUACACAGGACAGUUGGCGGUCAGCGUCCAAGAUACUGCCGCCUCACAGUGGACUGAAGAAGAGUACGCACGCAGCGGCGGUUCGGUAUCUCCGCGGUAUUGUUCUGCCGCAUCAACGCCGCAUGCGCCAGCCGCCUACCCACCGCAACACUACCCUGCACCACCUACCUCACUCUUCAAUACCUCCUCGCUGUCUCUAGGUCCCUACCACCCGGCCAACGUAAACGGACAUACAGAAUACAAUGCUUACAAAGAAACCGAGCAUUAUACAGAAAGAAAUGACGAUAAUAAAACCAUCUAUCAAAACAAUCAUACGAAAUGUAUCGACACGAAAACGCAUAAAGAAAAGUCCCGAAGUGCGUUCGCAGUUGUCAGACAAAGUCCACCGCGUAAUUUCCAACAGCAAAAUUGGCAACAUCUAGCUGUACAGUCAGGAAUGGGCGGUCUGGUGUCAUCGCCUUUUAGCGUGAACCCGUUCUCGCUGCCCACGUGCAGCGCACAGCAAUACGCGCAGACAGCGCCGCUUGCCUCCAAGUAA